CAGUGCGCCGACGUGCCAAGAUUGUGGGAGUUCAAAAAGGUGACAUCCAGGAUGACCGCAAAGAGAAUGGAGUGCAUCUUCCACUUGGAUGCAAUGGAAUACACCCAUGGCGUCUGGAGGAUGUUUUUCAUACCGAAGUGGUGGAUCUGGGUCGCUUGUUUGGCAGGUCUCCUCCCGCAGCAGUGUUGUGGAGUUCACGUGUUAGUAAAAGAUGAGAAGAAGUACGCGGUGUUGUUCCAGUCGGUGGUGUUGCCGUGCCAGUUCAACAGCGUGUCCACCCAAACGCCGAUCGUGCAGUGGGUCUACAAGUCGUACUGCCGGGACCGCACGAGGGAUUCUUUCAGCCUUUCCGACAGCCUGAGCGGAGGGCCGGGAGGAGCGGGUCACGACAUCGGGAAGAAAGCCAGCUACCUCGACUGCUCCGACAGCAGCCGCACGGUGCGAACCGUGGCCUCCGUCUCCGGAUCCUCCAUCACUCUGUCGGAGUACUACAAGAACAGAGAUGUUUCCAUCAUCAACAAGGCAGACCUGCGCAUCGCAGAGGUCCAGUGGGGAGACAGUGGAGUGUACACAUGCAAAGUGGUUAUAGCUGAUGAUGUGGUCGGACAGAAUGAAGCCUCUGUGGAGCUGUUGGUUCUGGGUUUCUCAGGUGUGCCUGAAGAUUUGCUUCCUGACUUUGAAUUGAAGAUUAUGCCAGAGUGGGUUUUUGUGGCUGCUGUGGCAUUGGGCAGUUUGUUAUUCCUUCUGUUGGUUGGCGUGUGUUGGUGUCAGUGUUGUCCUCACUCCUGCUGCUGCUACGUGAGCUGCUGCUGCUGCCCGGACACAUGCUGCUGCCCCAAGCAUUUGUACGAGGCAGGUAAAGGUAUAAAGACGGGAACCUCCACCCUGCAGACACCCGCGUACCCGCCAUACUUUGUUUCUGGCGUACCAGCAAUGGUACCCAUUGCUCCCCCGUCCCUGGUGGAACAGAUGUCAUCUGUCCCCCAUUCAGAUGGUAGUCUACUCACAGCGGUUCCAAUACAUGCUUUAGGUGCUCCCUACCGCUUGCCGUCACCUCAGGACCAGGACUCUCUCAGGGUUCUACAGUAUGUAGAGAACCAACUGGCUCACUUCAACCCUGCCAGGUCCACCAGCCACCAGUCCUGUGGCGUGUCCGAACUGAGUUCCCUCCACGAGGGAGAAACCACUUUUCGCCAGACAUUUCGAAAGGUCCAGAAGAAAGCACUUCCGCCCAUUCCGGAUGGCGAUCCUCAACCCGAACCGAGACGAUACCGGGACAACCGCAGCCCGGAGCCGCAGCGCUUCUGUGACAACCCCCCUUCUUCACCAGAGCGUUAUCGCCAGGACCCUGAGUCGGAACCCCGUCGCUGUGCGGAGGACUCCCUCCUGCCACGCCGCUACAGUGACGACCCUCCUUCCUCUUCCCAGUCUCGAAGGCACAUACGUGAUGCACGGCAACAGAACCGCAGUGAAGAGAACCGCCACAACAGGUGGAACCCUCGAUCGGAACAUCUGGAAAGAAAAACCUACCACACUGCGGGACGGACUGGCUCACUGGAUGAACUGGAAGAGUUCGCUGCUACCUACAAGCAAAGAGGACGCAGACAGGCAGAGAACAGGGACGACGAAGACGAUGAGCCAGAGCAUCGGGAGUUCAGACGAUAUCCUUCAUAUCGGCACGGUCCGCCGCAGCACCGCUACGACGAUCCCAACGAGCUCAGAGACAGCGGUGACCAUGAAGACCGACCCAGAAGAAAGAAGAAACAUGAACAUGACAUAAGUCCACUCUCAUCCCCUAAAAAGGGGCGGGGCACCUGGGUAAAUGGGCGUUCUGCCUCACCCCCUCCCAUUGUGACUCCAUCAUCAACUUCUUCUCAAGAUAAAGACUAUGACAGCGCAUUCCUGAACAGCCUUUUGGAGCAUAAAGCUAAGUUACGAGGAGUCAACCAGGGGAAGCGGGGCGCCCGGGGAGAGGACGAUUCAGACACACCCUCGAAGGGAAGCUCGAAAAAGAGCAGUGGGGAGUCCGGCCGGCACUGUAGCAGGUCACCUAGCAACAGGCCUGACGCUGAUUCACUGGCCCUUUACUCUGAUACAGAGCGAAGCCGCAAUGACAGGCCCUCUCCGCGGCCACUCCCAGCACGCACCCGCUCUCCACAACCUUCCGCUCCUUCCCCGCUCAAUCGCCGCGGGGAGACCAGAGACAAGGCUCGCAAAGUGCAGGGGACUCUUCUCAGCCGGGAUUCCCUUAUCGUGUGAUUGGCUGAAAGAGCCUCGGCGCUUGGAAGGGGGCGGACUGUCCGACCAUGUGAUUCAAUGGGCGCUACAGUAUGUGUGAGCUGAUAAUAGGCUCAGUGUAACUGGUACACUUGAAUGGAGACACGGAUGACACGCGUAUAAACUAAACUGCUGAUGUCAUUGGUGCUUCGUUUGUGUCACUGGUCGCCAAGCAUAUGUCUCAGCUGGACUAAUGUGGGCUUGGUGCGUGACCUGGAAUGUCCCUCCUGGCAGGACCACGCCACCCCCCCCUUCCUCCCUUUUAAAGGGGGAUGGAAACCAGUGAAAGUAGCUUUAUGCCUCCUCCGCAAUGAGUGCUUUCAUUUCUGUUUGAUGAGACAAAAAAAGGAUUAAAAAAAGAGUGGAGAGUAUAUGACAACAAUAUGGUAGACUACCAAACACAGACGUUGAAAUAAAAUGUUUUUCAAUUUAAAAAUCAAUACAUGUAGUACACAAUAAACAAAAACAAGAAUAAAUGUACAGCAAAUAGCGAAAAUCCACGUAAUAGCAUUGAUGCCCCCAAAAGAUUUACAAUUGGCAGAAAAGCACUUUUUUUUAUUAUUAUUAGACAAGGCUAUGGCCUGACUAAAUGAAGUUCCUUCCGUCACGUCAACAUAGUCCCUUGGCACCAAGAUAGCGAAGUGUAUCCGUGCCAUUUAAGUUUGAAUAGGAAUUUCUAACACUUUUUUUAACCAUCAAAUUUCUUAGCACUGAAAUGUUCAACCCGAAAAAAAAAUUCAGAUACAAAAAUGUUAACGUCUUAAAUUCGAAUUCAAACUCAGAUGGCAGAAAAAUACUACAAUAUAUAGCUGUGCCACCUAUAUUAGCCUUUUGGUUUUUUUUACACGGAAUUUUUAGAUGCUAAAAAAAUUCUGUGUUAGAUCUUAUUGUAUUUUUGUGGCAUCUGGGUUUCAUCAGUGUUCGUAAUUUCAUGAAUUUAAUUGAUUAAAAAAAUCAGCAUCUUAAAUUCAGAUUCAAACGCAGAUGGCACAAAAAUACCAGAAGAUCUACAGUAUCUGUGACACCUGAAUUAGAAUUUAUUUAUUUUUUUUAAUUAAAUGUCUUAAAUUCGAAUUCAAUAUCAAAUGGCACAAAAAUACCACACUGACUUUUUGAGUGAUGAAAAAAAUUCAGUGUUAGAAAUUGAAACUCAGAUGGCACAUACAGUAUAUACUUCCCUACCAAGAUGACACCAAAACAAUAUUUUUUUAUAUUAGACAUGGCUUUGGCCUGGACACAAAAACAGCAAAUAGGUGAGUUUUUCAGCAAAUAACAGGACAGAUUCCAUAUUCCAAAAAAAUCAGCAAAACACGAAUAUGCGGGUAACACUGUUUCACCCAAUAAGGAAAUCUGUGCAAUUUGAACCUGGAAGUUAACAUGGAUAGGGAGCUCAAUUAACAAUGUUAAAUCAUUUGUGACCUUGAUCGCAAGCCUUCAUUGGAUUCGUUUAUCUUUAAAUCAACCAUACUCAUAACAACGCAGUCGUUUAAACAGCGAAGAAACACAAAUGAGUUCACCAGUCAGGUGACUUUAGGAGUUUGUUCUCCAUCCAAAUGCGUGCAAGGUGAAGGUAACACUGUUUUGAGAUGCACAUGCGAUGCAUUAACGCCAGUCUAGUAAGGGUUUGGACUAACACUGCUGCCUGUUCUCUGACACAACAUGACCCACAUUUAAUUCGCCAUGUGCAGUGUGAUUAUUUUGUUGUAAGUCCCUAUUAAUCAAACUAUACAUGAUGUACUGACCCUCUGUGUAAGUGCAGCUUCCGUCCCCAUUAAAAGCUGUGAAAUUGG